UGGUUCACCCCACGGGCCUUUAUAUCUUCCCGAGAAGCUGCAGGUUCGCGUCAGGUAACUUUCAUCCGCUUGCGUUGCAAGACAUCAAUCAUGGAAGAAGACGAACAAAAGACCGCGAUUAUGCGAAAAGCAUUCCAGAUGUUUGACACAACCAAGAGUGGCUUUAUCGACACUAUUAAGAUCUCCACGAUACUGAACACUAUGGGUCAGUUGUUCGACGAUGCAGAGCUCAAUGCCAUCAUUGAGGAAAACGAUCCCGACCGGGUCGGUAAAGUUAAUUUUGAUGGCUUCUGCAAAAUCGCUGGAAGGUUCUUGGAGGAAGAAGAUGCUGAGGCGAUGCAGGAAGAGUUGAAAGAAGCCUUCCGUCUCUACGAUCGUGAGGGAAACGGUUAUAUCACCACUGCGACGCUCAAGGAAAUUUUAGCGGCUCUUGAUGACAAGUUGACCAGCUCUGAUCUCGAUGGAAUCAUUGCCGAAAUCGAUACCGAUGGCUCUGGCACUGUGGACUUUGAUGAGUUCAUGGAGAUGAUGACUGGUGAAUAACUCAUACUAAUGUUAAUCUUGACAAGAAUUCUACCACCCACGCAAGAUAAAAUUUAAAACGAGCAGCAGACAGCUUUGUCAUAAUAAGAAU